AUGGUCUGUCAAUGGGCUUUUCGAACCAACAAUCCAAACAACGACACCGAGAUCAUCUACAGAGGAGUGCCAGGAAUCCGCAUCCCUGGUCUCAGCGUGAAAGUCCAGGAGAGCAGGAUUUGGAAGGUACUCGAGGGCAACAGCAACAACAUCAUCAAAUGGAAUGGCACAUCGAUAUUUCUGCUGGAAGGCUUCAAGAUGUAUCAGCUCAAGGAUUUCCCUUUUGACCGUCACGUCAUCCGACUGCAGAAUCUGGACUUCGUAUGGAGAAGCUACAAAGAUGAUGACGAUUUCUUCGACUCCAUGAAGAUUGUGUGGCUACAGAUCGAGUCAAAGUCCAUUCUACCAGAAUGGACGCCAGCUGGGCCUCUCAUUGAGCCCCUCCAGAAGGUGGAUUGGAAUGACCCACAAGCGAGUCAGCUAUCACCAGAUUGGGAGGAAGAAGAGGCAGACUUUGCGAACAAGUUUCAGAUCGAUUUGAGGAUCGAGCGGGCGCACAAGUUCUAUGUGCGGCAAAUUCUUUUUGUGACCUACCUGAUCACUCUGACGUCCUGUACACCUCUGUUCAUGCAUCCUGAGGAUAUGGGAGACAGGCUGAGUGUCUAUGGUGGUGGCCUGCUGACUUUGGUGGCCUUCAAGUACGGGGUCAUGGACCAUCUCCCCAGUGUACCGUACUCGACCUUUACGGAUUCAUACUUGCUAUGGCAGAUGGUGACCAUAACCAUGUGUACCCUCGAAUCGCUGAUCGCAUAUCGCCUGAAGGACUACAACCAGGAGCUGGUCGACUGGAUCGAAAACAUAACAUUCUUCUCAGCCGCUUGGCUACGCGUAAAGCCAGCGUUUUUGCACUCGUCAAUGAUGCUGAUAUCGUAUACGUUUCCUUUAUCCCAAGUGGACAGGGUCAUUGUCUAA